GUAGCUCCCAUAGUUCGAUAUAUAUACUUCUGUUCAUACUUCAGGGCAACAAUCGUCAACUGUCAAUGGCUCGUCACGGAGGUUCAGGUCUAGUAGGGAAACUUGUAACUGAACUGGAGGUCUACUGCGAUGCUGACAAAUAUUAUAAAAUCUGGAAGCACCACGAAGAUGUUCCGAAGGCAAUGCCUCAUAUGUUCACUGGUGUCCAACCUAUCAAAGGAGAUGGAAUCUGUUCCGGCAGCAUCAAGGAAUGGAACUAUAUCAUUGAAGGUAAGGCAAUGAGAGCUAUGGAGGAAUCAACACAUAACGAUGAAUCGAGAACAAUAAGUCACCGUGUUGUAGAAGGAGACCUGCUGAAGGAUUACAAGAAGUUUGAAUCGAUAAAUGAAAUCAAUCCUAAGCCUAACGGAAAUGGAUGCGUCGUGACAUGGACUAUUGCAUAUGAGAAAAUCAAUGAGGAUUCUCCAACUCCCUUUGCAUAUAUACCUUUCGUCCAUCAGGCCAUUGAAGACACGAACAAACAUCUUGCUGGUUCCGAGUAAAUGGUCUACGCCGUCUAUACAUGAAUAACCCGAUUCUCCGUCGGGGGUACGUAUGCUCAUGCACGUACAUUUAUUAAUCAGUUGAAGUUUAUGUGGGUUAUUGUUGCAGUAUAUGCCUAAAUGGCCAUUUCGGCCUAUAUUUGUUGUCAUUGUUCUGUCAGUAACUACCUAGUUUGGUGUGUACUCUCAUUAGAGAGAAACUAAAUGUACCAACUAUUUGAUGAUUUGAA